AUGGCCGAUAAGCAGAAAAGGUUCAGAUUAGUGAAACGAAACCCUUCCAUCAAGGGGUUAUCACACCAGAAAAUCCAUAGCACUGUGUACAUCAAGAGCACCACGCCAUAUGUGAGUGGUGUGAAGAGGAUCAACAAGUUUCUCGAGAACCUGGACAAGCAGGCAGCCAUAUAUGUGACUGUGCUAGGAAUGGGCCGUGCCGUCGAGAAGACUUUGUCGAUGGCAUUGUAUUUUGAGAACACCAAGCACAAGAGAGUGGAGGUAUACACAAGAACUGUGGACUUGCUGGAUGAAGUGAUCGAUGAGUCUGCAGAGGAGAGCACAAGUACGAGCGAUAGCGAUAGCGAUGACGAUGAACACAAAGUGACCACUCUAAAAAACAGAAAGAUAACUGGUAUCGAACUUCGACUCUACCCAUAG